AUGCGAGCAGCAGAACAGCUGUAUAAGAUGGCGAUCACAGCUGCGAACGCCGUCGACCAAGAACAGACUGUGGCGCUCAAGCAAUUACGAGGAAUCGUCGUCGACGCCGCCGCCAAAGGAGUAUGGCGAACCAAGUUCAGAGGCACAGACCUCCCGGCGGAUGUGAACCCCUUGACGGGCAUGUUCGUCGAAGCGUUUGGCAAACAGAUGGAGCAAGACCAAGUUAUUUAUGCAAACAACUCAAGCUCCCAUUGCAGCCCCGUCAACCCGGUUAUGAAACCGGAAGGAAAGAAACUCGUCAAGACAAGCGAUAAGUGGACAAUCGAAGAACUGUUGCAGUACUUUCGUCUUACGAUCGACUACAGAAUCAUCAAUAGCCAAACGAUCCCACUCGCUGGCGCCAUGCCGUUCCAGUUCCUCGUGUUAGAAAACGUCCGCUGCGCCAAGUACCUCGGCGUGUUCGACGUUACGAAAGGCCAUUGCGACUCGGCGCUAUUUUUCCAGAACACCAUGGCGGAAUGUUUCAAGGACCUACUGUACAAAAACGUCCUAAUUUGGAUCGACGACAUCCUGGUGUGGGCGAACAACAUCGACGAGUGCGUGCUGGUAAUCAUCGACGGCGACGGGGUGCGACAAGAUCCCACGAGAAUCCAAGCGCUAUGCGACAUCCCGUACCCGACCGAUGCAGGUCAGCUGCAGCAAUUCAUAUGCGCAGUGAACUGGAUGCGCGAGAGCCUGAUUGGCUUUGCCCAAACAAUGGACCCACUCCAAAAACGACUCACAGAAGCGUUGGUUGGAAAGAAAAGCAAAAAAAGAAUCGCGACAUCAAUCACAAUCGACUUGACCAAAGAAGAACGAAACAGUUUCGACGCAGUCAAAGAACUGAUGCGGAACGCCGCUCAAUUGUGUCACCCACAUGAAGACGCUGCGAUGUGCCUAUUCACCGACGCGUCCGCCUACCGCUGGUGCAUCGUGCCCAAGUCCACGAUUACGGCGAUGACAUCCCGAUCCACGACCAACAACAUCAACUCCUCGUCUGUCAAAGCGGCAUGUUUGACAAAACGCAAGUCAACUGGUCAGUCAUCGAAAAAGAAGGCUACCCUAUUGCGCAACCUCAUACGCGUCUUCGCGCCCCAAGACGAGCUUAAGGCACACACGCGCGAGAAGCUGAUCGGUCAGUACCGAUACGUCAUUCAGCACAUCGACGGAGUGCACAACGUAUGGGCCGACCUCAUGAGCCGAUGGGGCAUACCGCAGCCCACAGAGGCGAAAUACGUGCGCGCGUUGGGCAAAUGGACAAAGAAGAAAAACAAUCCAAGCAUGUCUACAAGCCGCCGCCACCGAUGUUACGGCCUCUGGACGACGCCGACUUCGUAUGACCGGACCUCGACGCUAUACGUUUGGACCAACAUCAACCAAACGCCGGUGGCGACGCUGGACCACACAAACCCCAUGGAAUCCUUCACAGGCUUGGAGCCGACCACAGCGCUCAACACCAUCGUUGGCAAAGUCAACGUGCGAUUAUCGAAGACCGGUUUCCACACAAUCGACUGGAAACAGAAGAAACUACGGCAAGCCGUGGAAGAACUACGAAAAUCACUACAAGAAGUCCACUCAACAAUCGUCGACAAACGGCGCGCCGCCGAAAACAAGCGAAUGCUUGAGAAGACAAACCAAAACGAAAUGAAGGUCACAGAAGGAGACUUUGUGCUUUGGUCACGCGUGGACGAGAACACACACUACCCCAAGCUAUUGGUCACGUGGAUUGGCCCCUUCCGUGUCCUCAAGUGCCUACCCUACUCAUGUGUCAUAGAACACUUGAUUACGGGGGUGCAGCGCGAAGCACAUCACUCACGACAUAAGUUCUACGUGGAAAGCCACUUUCAGGUGACUGAAGAAAUUAUCGACCACGUCAGUGAGCAAGGGACCACGCUGGUUGUUGACCAAAUCGAGGACGCAAGGCGCAACCCUGGUUCUAACCAGUGGGAAUUAUUGAUCCGAUGGAAAGGCCUAGAGAGCCUCGAAGCAAGCUGGGAACAGCUCCCGGCGAUGCACCAGGAGAUCCCAUCCUUGGUGCAGUCGUUUGCCGACCAAUUGCCAAACGGCGCUAAACGCGAAGGGCUGGUCGAGGCCCUAGAACGGUUGUAG